AUGGCCAUCACCAGAAUCGGACUCAUUGCGCUCGCAGACGGCCCUGCACAAGAUGAGGCGGUGAAGAGGUUCAGCAACUUUGUCAACGACUGCAAAAAGGAUGGCUCAACGUACCUCGUCGCCUCGAAGGCUAGCAAGUGCAAGGUUCUGACCGACGUCCCGGGUUCCCAGGCAUGGUCCGUCGUUUACGAGAUUACGUUUGCCAGCGAAGCGGAUAUGGAGUACUACCAGACCAAGGACCCCAUCUACCAGGAGCUGAUGAAGCAGGCUGCCGAGGGCAAGGCGACGGGCUUCAUUGCCGUGUCUGCAGAGUUCUAG